CCACAUGACAGUAAGCAUUGAGAGUGAGUGCGGAGACACUAAAUUAUAUUACCGGUCAAUAUGUAAUACAAUUUUAUAUAAAUGUAUGAAAAAAAUUUAAAAGUAAUAAUUUUUAAACGAUUUUAAAUUAUUUGUACUGUGGUCAGUGGCUAGAUUUUUUUUUAAUUAACAUUUAAAAUUUUAUAAAUAUAAUUGUAAAAAAUAAUAUUUGUGCAAAUAUAUUAUAUUUAAUCGAGCGUGUGAUUUAAAAUCUUAUCUUAUAGAGAUUGAUAAAAUUGUCAAUCUUGUUAUCAACAAUAAGAUUUUUAAAAAAUAAAACUGAAGGAUUUAAUUCAAUAAAAAAUUUUUUUUUAUCAAUUAAAGUUUAAGAUUCUUGGGAGUAUGUGAAUAGAUAUUUAAAAUAUCUAUUCCUAAAUUUAUAAUUUAAUAAUAAUUACAAUGUCGAGUAAUAAUUUGAGUAAUUUAAAUAAUAAUGAUCUAUCGAGUACCGCCACAGAGACAAGUCAUAAUAAUUCCGAGACUGGAAUAAUAAUUACUGGUAGUAAUGAUAAACGAGGUCGUAUAAAUGAAGAUAUUGUUGGUAAAUGCAGUAAAUCAACACAAAUUGAUUUUUGGCAAAUGAAUUGGAGGCAAACGCCAAAUUAUAAUCAGGUAUCGAGAAGUAGGCCACUGUCUGCUGGAUUCUUAUCAAAAUCACAUUUGUACAGUAAUUCAAAUUAUUCUAUUGGGAAUAGUUCGAAAAGUCUUCUGUAUUCAUCCCAAAGUGAAGUUACUUUGUCACCAUUGAAAAAUCAUAGUAGAGUCGGUAAUAAUACCGGCAAAUUUGUUGCGAUAGAUAUCGCUAAGAUACCAAAUUUACCGUUUACUACAACUUCGUCGUACUCAACAAAUAAUUUGUCGGGUAAUAAUUCUUGUUGUGUUAAUUGUUGUAAUUGUAAUAAUGUUAUUAAUAGUGAGUCAUUUAAAUUACAACAAAGUGAAUCGGAAAGUCCACAAGGGUUGUCUUGGCGAAGACUUCAUAUGAGUCGCGCAAAACUAAAAGCUACUGCUACCACUUCGGAAUUACUCAGUGGAUUUGCUAUGGUAGCGAUGGUAGAACUUCAAAUAAAUGACCCAACAGCAGUUCCUGAGUGGCUCUUCGUGAUGUUUGCUGUCUGCACAACAGUAUUAGUAUCCGUACAUAUUUUUGCAUUAAUGAUAAGCACUUAUUUAUUACCAAACAUCGAAGCAAUAAGUAAACUUCAAAUAUCCCGUUUAAUAACCGAGUCACCUCAUGAACGAAUGAGAGGUUUUAUUGAAUUAGCCUGGGCAUUUUCAACGGUCCUUGGAUUGUUUCUUUUCCUCGUUGAAAUUGCGAUACUUUGUUGGGUAAAAUUUUGGGAUUAUUCAUUUACGGCAGCAAUGGCCAGUACUAUUAUUGUUAUUCCUGUACUAAUUGUAUUUGUUGCAUUUGCUGUACAUUUUUAUCACUCAUUAGUUGUUUUUAAAUGUGAGGCCUCUGUUACUGAUAUGGAAGAAUUAGAGAGCAUUAAAAAAAAUUUAGAUAAUGUUACUGUUAAUCAGAGCAGUGUUUGAUUUAUGCAAUAAUGAAUUUAUAAAUUUUAAGAGGAUAAAAGACAGCUUUGAACGAACAAAUUUCAUUAAAUAUUAAGACAGUUUUUAAAUCCUUUCUAAUUUUGAUAUCAUGAUAAUUUGUAAUUUAUGAAAAUACUCCGAGUCAAAAUUUAAAUCGUAGAUUGAAGAACGUACAAGACGUUGAAAACGUAUUUUAGACGUAGUUGACGUACGAAAACGUAAGUAAGACUUGCGUAAUCGUAAAUCGUAGAUACAACAAAACAAUUAAACUAUAUCGGAAACAUUUCAUUACCAAAAGACAUGUCUAGCAGCUAGAAGACAAGAAAUAAAAAUUCUUAGCAGCUGUAGAAAAAUACUUUGGGCCUUGCAGGAGAUAAUUCUACUGAUGCCCAGUUUCUCGAGCUUUUACGGGUCUUAUACAGACUACCUAGAAGCUUGUAGACAAAAAUGUUUCCGAUUUAGUUUAAUUGUUUUAUUGCCAGUUUUGAAAGGUUGUGUCUACGAUUUAUGAUUACGCAAGUCUUAUUUACGUUUUCGUACGUCAGCUACAUCUAAAAUACGUUUUACGACUAUUUACGUCUUGAAAGGUUGAAUUUACGUUUUCAACGUCUUGUACGUUCAAUCUACGAUUUAAAUUUUAACUCGGGACGACAAUAUUUAGUGAGCAAAUUAUAAUUCAUUAAAAAUACCCAUGUUAAAAAAAUUCGUUUCAAAAGUAUUCCUUAAAAGUUCUAUUCCAGUCGAAUUAUUAAAAAAUUUCCUGACCAUAUGUAGUUAUAUCAAAUCAUUGGAAAUAUUUAUUUAAUUCAAAAUAAAAUGGUAUAAGUCAGUUCAAUAAAUAAUCAAUCAUUGUCGUUAAAUGAAACUUUAUUUUAUUAUUUGUCAAUGUUCAUAAAUUUUUUUUAUUUAUUAAAUGAAUAAUUUUUUAUUUCUUAUUUUAAAUCUAUGAUUUUAUAUAACUUACUCUAUAAUAAAAUAUAAAUAAAUUUUUCAUUUUCACUAGAAUAAAUUUCAUAAAUAAAAACGUUUUAUAGAAUAUUAAUAAAAUAUUAAUCAAGUACGCGAAUAAUAAAUAUAGUGAAACUUAUUAGUUCAAUACUUAUGUAUACUUUAAAUGUUUUUGGUUUUUUAACUUGUCAAUAUGCAUGUUAAUAACUUGAAGAUCCUAACGAUUGGUUUCUACUAAGACUUUUUUUUUCCAACAGUCUUUUUAAUUCCAACUGCUUCAUUUUUUCGCUAUUGGAAUCAAUUUCUACUAAUUUCUUUUCAAAAUGGUAUUAAAAUCGCAUUCGCGCCGCGCCAUUUUUUAAACAGUUUUGACAGAAAAAAAAUUUAUCGGAUUUUUUCAGUCAAAAAAAAAGAAAGUAAAAAUUUUUCCAGCUUUGUGACAAAGUUCCCUGACUUUUCCCUGAUUUUCCCAGUAUAUUUAUAAUUCCCUGACAUUUUCAGAGUUUCCAGAAAUUUUGUCCCCAAUUUUUCUAUCAAAAUUACAAAAGUUCUAAUCUGUCUCAAGUUUAGGUUCCACAUGUCGAACUUUUUUCGUAUCUCUUUGAAACGAAAUUUUUUUCAUGGGUAUCACUAGAUUUUUAUAUGAACGUUAGUUAACUCAAUUUUAUAUCAAAACUUUGACCACUAAUUUAAUAUUAUUUUUAAAACAUUAUAUUUUUAUUCAAUAAUUACUAUUUAUUUUAAAAAUCUUCAGAAAUAUCUCUUUCCUUCUACGGUAUUUUUAAAAUUAAUUAUCAUAAUUUAAUUUGUUCCAUGUAAAUUCAAUUAUGACUAAUUUAGUAAGAAUAAUUAUUAUUACUAUUACUUUGUAAGAAAAUAUAAGACAAGGAUAUUGGAUGUUAACGAGACACGAUUCGCGUUGAAACGUGAACAUGAUUUAUUAUUAUUUUUUUUUUAAUGUAUAAAAAAAAUGUACAUGGCUGUAAACAUGAAAUUUAAAAUUGCAACAGCACAAGCAAGUGCCCUUACAUUAAUUAAUAAUAAUUAUAAUAAUUAAUUAAUUAAUUAUAUUGUUAUAUACGAUGCAUCUUCUGAAUGGUGUUUAUGUGUGUCUAUUGUUGAUGACUCUUUAGUUUUUACUCGGUUUACAAUAAAUUGAGUGUAAAGCAAUAAAAUCAAAUUUUUUUAUUACUAAAUAGUUUAACAAUUUUUAUAUACGAUAUAUAAUUAUUUUUUUUAAAUAUACUCAAAUAUUGAUAUAUUUUUAUUUUAUACUGAUUUUAGUCAAUGGUAUUAGUGAAUAUGAUAUUGUUUUAAUAGUGAAUUUUACGGUAAACCGAGAAAAUUAAUAGAUCUUAAAAAAAAUUAAUACUGUGUAUAAAUAAUUAUUGUUUGUUUGUAUAAAAAUUAUAUUGUUUAAAUAAAAUUUUAUUUAAUUUAAUUACAAAAAUGUAUUUUGUUUAAACGUUAAUUAAAGUGAUCGUAAUAAAACAAAUUAAUUUUUCUUUUAGUUGACUAUUAUUCAAAUUUUAUUGUUAUAAAAUAAUACACUGUAAAAAAUUUUUGGUGUGAAAAUGGUCCCUGAGGACUUUACACGGUGUCCCUGGUGUGAAUUGACGGUGUGAAAGAUCAAGGGGUUUACUUUUAACAUGGUGUGAGUGUUAUCUUUCACACCGUUCGGUGGUAUUGGCUCAAAACUCAUACAUCGUCCGAUCAUAUGAUCUGUAGUUAAAAAUGGCCCACUAUCUGUUUUUAAUAUUAAAAUUAAUUAAUUAAACUUUAACUUGAAAAAUUAUCAACUAACUUUCUUUAAUAAUGAUUAAAAAAACGUACAAUUAAUAACUGAAGCAAUAAAAAAAUAUAAUGUCAAGUAUUUUCAAUUGAAAAAAUUACUCAUUACAAGUUAAAUUGUAUUCAUUAAUCAAAUGUUAAUUAAUUACACACUAGCAGUAUUUAUAUAUAAACAUUUGCCAUUGAUAUUUGUACGACCUUUAUACACUGUAAAAAAUUUUUGGACUCGGUGUAGUGUAAAUGACUCGGUGUAAAAAUUUUGGUGUGAAAAUUACACCAAAUAUCGUGGUAAAUUUAGGCAGUGUGAAUUAAAAAUUUUUACACCGUCAAGCCUGUAAAUGUGUAAUUUAUGACAAUUUUGCGUUAAGAAAAAUAAUCGUAAAAUAAUUGAAGUGUUCAAAAUACUAUUUAAUAUCUAAAUAAAAUUAAUGUAGUCAUUGAUUAAGUAGUUAAAAAUAUUCAAUGAUCGUUUGUUGCUCAUUAAUCAAAAUUAUAACGAGCAACAUCGAAUGGUGUAAAAUAAGUAGAUUACACCAUUUAAAAAUUACUCGGAUGGAUAAUUUACACCAAGGAUUUUUUACACCGUUAUUUCACACUACACGGCCGAGUAAAUUUCUCGGGGCCAUUUUUACACCAAAAUUUUUUACAGUGUAAGGUGUUUCAUGGUUUGAAGUUGAUAAAUUAACGAUUCUAUUAACAUAAGUAUUUUUAUUUGAUAUGACAUUAAUUAAAAAUUCAAACUUUGAAUAGAAAUUUCUACAAAAGAAUUCUUUAUUAUUAUCUCGCACAUGAGAACUUAUUUUUAUUAUUUCGUUUUUUAUUGUGUCUAUCAAAGUAACAUUUACACCGUUGGUGGUGUGAUCGUUCUAAUCCACACGGUCAACAAUUUAACACCAUACGCCGUGUAAUUUUCACACCGGUGUUAAAAAUUCUCACACCAACUCAUUCACCACACCGUGGAGUUUUUUACAGUGUACGAGCUCGUACUUAAUAUUAAUCCUUUUUAAAAUUUAUUAUUUUAUUUUUUUAAAAAUGAUAAUAAAUUAAAUUAAAUUAAAAAUUAUAUUUAGUUAAUAAAACAUUCAUGUACUAUAUAUAUAUAUCAGUUUUUUUUUAUAUUAAUGCGACGGAAUUGCAGCACAUAAAAUAAUACAUUAUCAAUAAUAUAUUGCGAUAUAAAUAUCAAAUAAAUUCAGCUCA